UCUUACCUGUGCUAAUUCUUCCGUGUUGGAAGAAAAAUUCCCGUCGAACUGUCUAGCCCUUUUACCUUGAUGUACGCAAAUUGAGCGAUUCCUGGCGCGAAAAAAAUCUCUAGUGGGUAAACAAUGGUGUUUCGGAAGCACUGAAAUACAUGCCGUUGCCUGAAAACACCGAAACAACCGCCCACCGCCCCCUCCACCCAUCAUCGUCAUCAAUGUUUUGGCGGGGAAAGAGACGAGAACCGUCAUCAUUGGCGGGGAAAGAGACGAGAACCGUCAUCAUUGGCACGCGAGGCAGCGGGCGCGUUUCAAAAACGCGCGAAAACUGGACCUGUUGUGGCGGGAAAAUUAUGGCGUCGUCUCUCUCUCGGUUGCGGAUUUGGUAUGAACCAUGGUCAUUACAACCCCCUUUGGUAUGAACAAUCGUGUUCUAGUUCUAAUUCCGGAAGUUUGAUUUCUGGAAUCACCUAAAUUGAUGUGGAUUCGGAAUGGAUCUGGACCAACUUCUGAACCGCUGUCGGCUCUGUUUGAAACAACACGAAACCUAUCGCAUCAUAUUUUUCGACAAUUUCAACGAGGAUGAAUUUUACAAGAUUCUGGACUUGAAUCUGUGCCAAAAUGAUCGGCUCUCGAACUUGAUCUGCGAUAGCUGCUACGAUCUCGUAGAACGGUUCCAAAUUUUUAAGAUUUCUGCGGGCCGGAAUCAGGCGUAUCUCAUAGCGUUGCUGGAAGCUGAUUACAAGAAGCCGGUGUCUGGUCCAAUCAACAAAUUGGAACCGACACAAAUUGACGAAGUUUGUAUAGAAAUAAGGUCUGACUCCGAUUCUGAGGACACUUGUGAUGCAAAUGUCCAGCAGCCGGUCGCAUUACUGCCAACUAUUACUCAAGAUAUAACCCAUGACUUGGAAAGCCCUGUAAUUCGUUCCGCCAAUCAACAAGUUUCACCUGAAGACGAUAGAGAUUCCUUGAUUGAAGUUUUAGAUUCUCAGCAUGAUGAUGAUCCACAAGAAGAGACUGAAACACACUCCGUUCGACAAGCACUGAGUACCCCCAGUGAACAGGACUCCAGCAGUCAAGGCCCUUACAAAUGUAAAACUUGCAACAAAGAAUUUCAGUUGGAAUAUAAUUUAAUAAGACACACUAAACUCCACACAGAAAAAAAGCCACUGUGCAAAAUUUGUAACAAGCUCAUUUCUCGCCGGUAUUUCACCGAACAUUUGCAAAAACAUGUGAAAGCUAUGAAGCACAACGGUACAGGAAUGCUGAAAGGUAUUAAAAAAGUUCCCCAGCAAAGACGUUUCCCAAUGUCUGCUCGAACCAUUAAGCUUGAACCGGGAAACCCGUCGUCCGCUCAAGUAGUGGCACCAGCUUUGAGAAUCGUUCGUCGACAGCCACCGGGGCAACAUGUUUGUGAAAUCUGUAAAAAAAUCAUGCCCACCGCCCAUAGCUUGAAAAGACAUACCUACAUCCACAAGCAUGCAAAACCGGUGUGCAAAAUUUGCCACAAACAAAUCUCAAUCCGAUAUUUCACGGAACAUCUGAAGAGACACCUUAGCAAGGGUGAUAAAUAUUGUGAAGUGUGCGGUAAAAAAUUUGUGAACGAACGCUGUCUAGAGAAACAUAGACUCAAGCACGAUAACGAUAAAUAAGUCUUGAUUCGAAUAUCAAAAGGCACACAUUUUAAAGAAAUUAUUUUUCACUGAACUAAGAUUAUUUCCAUAUUCACAAUUCACAACUGAUUUGAUUGAAAUGCAUCAAGGGCUCUCAGAACCAAAACUGAAAAGAAGCUGGCUUCAGCGUCAAGUAAAAAAAAUCAGAUAACAUGAAAACUGUAUUUAUAAAAUAUCCAAACUCGGACUUCCUACAGCGUCCAUACAAAGUAUGGCCUUUUAGUUAUUAAUAUAAGAAAUUUCUGCUAAGUAAAUGUGAAAUUUCGGAAACAA